AUGCAGUUGAUUACACCUCUCGCUAGGCUUGUAAUCAAUACUUAAACCAUAUACCGGGAGCUGGUGGGCUCGGAUGAGAGCGCGCAGCAGAAGCUGGCAGAGGCGAUCCUGAAGGAGAAGAAGAGCUUCAAGAUCAGCAUCCACCUUGCAACGUCCCUCCCCUUACCUUUGGAGAGGGAUCACCUUCGACCGAGGAUAGAUCUGAUUGUAUUUAUGAUUGACAUCAAGAGCAAGUACAGCUUGAAGAAUGUCGAAGCUUCGCUAGCUCAUGUGGAUGCCAGCUUCUUCCUGGGGAAAGUAUGCUUCCUUGUCACUGGGGUUGGCAGGGUAAAUUACUGCAGCGUAGAGACAAAUGCCGUCUGGAAACUGAGAGAUAUCUACUGCAGUCCUGUGCUAUACUGUGAGCUGGAGCUGGAAGGGAUACGAGUUGCCACUGCUCAGCGACUACUCCGAAUGUUGCAGAUCUGUGCUGGUCACAUACCAGGGGUUUCUGCCUUGUCCUUUGGAUCGUUGAUGAGGAACUCUGAGGAUGAACAACCUUGAAUUGUAAAAAUGCAGCCAGGUUCAUUGGUUCUUUACUU